AUGUCACCACCCAACCAAACCUCUGAUAACCACCAGACCUUUUUCACCCUGACUGGGAUUCCAGGAAUGCCAGAAAAAGACUUCUGGCUAGCCUUGUCCCUCUGUCUUCUUUACAGCACCACAUUCCUGGGCAAUGUCAUCAUCCUUGCCAUCAAAGUUGAGCGAAGUCUCUAUGAACCCAUGUAUUAUUUUCUGGCCAUGCUAGCUGCCACUGACCUCAGCUUUUCACUGUCUUCCAUGCCCACCAUGGUCAGUGUCCACUGGUUCAAUGUGAGUUCAGUAACUUCUGAUGCCUGUCUAACCCAGAUGUUCUUCAUCCACACGUUUGGGGGAGUGGAAUCAGGUGUUCUGGUGGCCAUGGCCUAUGAUCACUUCGUGGCCAUCCGCUUUCCUUUGCAGUACGCUACCAUUCUCACUCAUAGCGUUAUCAGCAAGAUUGGAGCAGCUGUCCUGCUGCGGAGUGUGGGGGCUGUGCUCCCUGUGCCUUUCCUCAUCAAAAGGCUGCCUUUCUGUCACUCCAGCAUCCUCUCCCAUGCAUAUUGCCUCCAUCAGGAUGCCAUGAGGCUUGCCUAUGCUGACACCCAUGUCAACAGCAUCUACGGCCUGCUGGCUGUGAUCUUCAUCAUUGUACUGGGUGCCUUGAUCCUUUUGGUCUCUUACAUUCUAAUCCUCCAGGCAAUAUUGGGCAUUGCUUCUAAGGAAGAAAGGCUCAAGGCUCUGAACACUUGCCUCUUCCAUAUCUGUGCAGUGCUGCUUUUCUAUGUGCCUCUCAUCGGCAUGACCCUGAUUCAUCACUAUGGAAAGCAUUUGUCACGAGUAAUACACACAUUCAUGGCCGAUAUUUACCUGCUGCUACCUCCUGUGCUCAAACCCAUUGUGUGCAGUGUUAGGACCAAGCAGUUUGACAGCGGAUUGUCGAGUUGUUCUGUCAGGGCAGGACUGGCUCUUAAUGGCACCUACUACUUCUGUGCAUAUGCAAUCGAAUCAGAGAAGGGUACCAAAUGCAGCACUGUUCAACACAAAUUCCUGAAGAAAUGGAAAUGUUCUAUAUCUCUGCUGUUUAAUACUGUAGUUACUGGUCACACAUGA